UUGUUUUUUGUUUUCACUGCUGCUACUUCCUCUUCCUUUUCAUUCACUCUCUAGCUUGCUCAACCACCGCUCGUUCAUGCACUCAGCUCACCCUGGUGUCGUUGAGCCAGGGUGGAGUACAUAGUAUGCCUUUAAGUAUUCAACCGCAAGGUCACAACAGUUACAGCUCCUCCAUGGAGGCAGACAUUUCCAUUUUGCCACAUCCUAGGAUUCAUCCCUGUAGCUUCCUGCUACAGCGAAGGGAUUUACACUUGUAUCUGGAGGACCUGCUGGUUGUUAACAAUUAGAAUUGCUUUAUGGUGUGAGUUUGUCACCCAAUAACUUUCACGGUCUGACUCAGUCAACAUGUUUCAAAAACCUGUGUGUGCUCCGUGCUGACGCUUUGAUCAAUGGCCCGUGUUUGAAUGGUGAGCUCUUUUCCUGCUUUGACAAUAUAAAAAUGAUAUCAACUCACUUUUUGCAGGAGCUCAAUAGGCCAGACUAUGCAUGGUUUCCUCCAGUGACCCUGAUAUUCCUCAGAGAUUGGAUCAUCCCUCUGUUAGGCUGGCUGAGCCUGAUAACUCCUUUAAAAGAUAACAAGCAGGGACAGACAGGAAACAUAUAUGACACCUGCACAUAUGGUGGAGGGACAGGAAAACAGGGGCUGCGUGUCCGUUUAUGCAUGUGUGUAUCUGUGUGUGUUUGUGUUGUUCACAUCAGACAAUGGGAGGGAGGUGUUCCUUGGCUCCCUGUUAGCGUUUGAAAAAUGACAUGAAUGGACACCUUUUGAAACAGCAGCACCUCUUUCUUUGUGGGAAGGAAGGAAGGCAGGGUGUAAUAUUGGCGGAGUGAAAGAAGAUGAGUCAUGUCAUCUUUAAUGAAAGAGCCCGCGGCAUCUGUGUGGAGUUAUGGUUGGCACCAUCAGCACAUUGUUAUCUACCUCUGUUCCCCGGCUAAGAGGCAGCGGCAGACCUCCCAGGCCGCUGUGUGGCACAGUCGUACUAGAGGCCAUUAAAGACAGACAGCAGCACCUGGCAAAUAGGGGAACACUGGGGAGGCUGAGGAAAUGGAGGAAGAAGAAGCAAAAAAAGCCACACAAGAAAUGGAACAGCGAGCGGCUCAUUAUCGCUCAGAGCUGGUAUUACAGGCUGGCUGUCGGCACACCUUUGGUUCCCUGGUGGAGUGUAGGUGUGAGGGGGAAAGUGGUGGCUGGAUAAAGCAAUUCUGGCUGAAAGCGUUUUCCUAAUUAGGUCUCUACAUGAUAGGUGUGAGCCCUCUAACCUUCCAGGUCAGAAUAUGAAAAAAAAAAAGGAAAAAGUUGAGUCAUUUUCAUUGUUCAUGCCUUAUGUUGCCUAUUUAUGAAGGGAAAUUAUGUUUUGAGUCAGGUCUGUAUAUUUUGCAGCAUGAGAGAUAUAAAAGGCCACAAAUGUCAUAAAAUAACAGAAUGCCUUAUCUUCCUUGUCUGGACUUGCCAAAAGGCCAGAGUCACACGUCUUCUAAUUUUCAAGCUCAUUUGCCCAGUGGAAGCAUUGGAUAGACCAGUGAUAAAUCAAGAGUGUUGUAACAUUGCCCCCUAGUGGAUACUCUGAGAAAAGUGGAGCAUUUACCUUGAAUUAUCCUGUGCUCAGUAUGUAUUUCACUUCACUUUAAGACUGUGCAUCAGCCACACUGGUUGAGAGUCUUUUAGCAAUGAAAAUAAUAGUUUUCACAGUUCAAGACAGAGAUCAUAGUGAGUCAAAACAUGAAUGUUUAUCACAUUUCAACCUUUGCUGAUUGGCGUUAGGUAGUGGCAGCCUUGACAGGAGACCUGAAUGUUUGGAAAGGAUUCAUUCAGCUUCACUUCACAAAUAAACAAUACAAAACCUUUCAUAUGCCAAUCUUAGCACAAAGGCUGUCAGUUAAAUGUGCACCUGACUGUAAUUAUUCAAAUUUGAAGUAAUUAGCAAAGAAACCUGGUAGCCCUAAUGAGUUGUUGCAAAAGAGGUACAAGCUAAUUUCAGAUAAUGAGCCUCACAUAGAGCGCUGCGGUUUACAUUACACAGAAACUAAGUGUCUUUUUUCGAAGGGAUUCCUGAAUACAGUAACAGCCACCCACAGACUUUAUCUCCAUACAAAUACUUUACAAAUUAGACCCAGUAUGGUUGACAGUACAUGCAGCUGAGAGACUGAAAAACAUUUUCUUUAGUCUUUUCUUUGCUACCUGCCACAAACAUGCCUUGGUGCUGCUAUUUUGGCCCGAGGUCACCUGUUGACCUGACAGACGAGUGUCAAGGGAGAGCGCACAUGUCAGCUGCAGGUGGACACUCUCAGCAGGGAGCAAUGCCGUGGCAGUUGGAGCCCAGGACAACAAAGCACUGAGGGACUGCAGAUGUAGCUGGUGUCUGAGGAGGUUACCUGAGGUUUCAUGAGGUUGUGUGUGACACAGACGACCACAGGAACAACAACUGGAUAUUGUUUCUCCUCAGUUAAGCAGUUAACUUGGGCAGCAGUCUGGAGGUCUCCCAACCCUCUGAAGAUGUACGGCCUGUAUUUGGAAGCAGUGAACGAUUACAUUAAUGAAUCCUACGGAGAGGAUGUGUGGAGACUGAUUGAGAACCGAGCGGAGAUACCCCACCUCAAGUUUGUCAGACAUCAGAUGUACAAUGACAAUCUGAUCCUGCGGUUGGCAAAGGCAGCAGGCGAGGUCCUGGGAAAGACCCAUGAUGAGCUGAUGUACGCCUUCGGGGUCUAUAUGGUCAAGAGGAUUGGAAACUAUGGAUAUGAGCGGAUCUUGAAGGUGUUGGGGCGAAACGUGCGUGACUUCAUCAAUGAGUUGGACAACCUGCACGAGUACUUUCGCUUCUCCUUCCCCAAAGUGCAGCCACCAAGCUUCUGUGUGGAGGAGGAAUGUGAGACGAGCCUAACACUGCACUACCGCAGCACCCGCAAGGGCUUCACACAGUUUGUCAAAGGGCAGCUCUCUCAAGUGGGGCGCCAAUUCUACAACACAGACAUUGAAGUGGAAAUCUUGUCUAAAGAGGAAACCGAAAAAAUGACAUAUGUGGUUUACAAGAUGAACUUUGACAAUGCCGCCUUCAAGCAUCGCAUGCCCCAACAGAAGACAGCGCCGAGCUACGAGAAGCUACCGAUGAAGCGAGGUAUCUUUUUUGACAUGUUCCCCUUCAGCGUUAUCUUCCGCCGUGACAUGACCAUGUAUCGAAUCGGUGACGGCCUCAAAGAGGUCUUCUCUGACCUCCAGGGCAAGAAGGUCAACGAGGAGUUCACUCUGGUCAGGCCGAUGCUGGAGUUCAGCUGGGACAAUAUCUACACCCAUUUGAACAAUGUGUUUGAGCUGUUGUCUAAAGCAGUGGUGGAGAGCAAGCAAAAGGUCAACAUCCCCAAACUGAGCAAAGAGGAACCAGAGGAGAAGGAGGAGAAUGAGAAAGCAAAGAGGGAAGAAGAAAGAGAGCCGAAGGCAGUGGAGGAGAUGAAGGGCACGGACCAAGAGUACAGCAGUGCUCUCACCCAAUACAACAGCUCUGCCAACUCUGGAGGGGAGGAUAUUGAACUGCUGGCAUUCCAGACCGUCACCGGAAAAUGUAGUGAGACAAUCUUUGAGGACAUGCGGGAGCCACCAAAGAAGCCUCUCCACCUCAAGGGCCAGAUGAAGUAUGUCCCCCAGUGGGACUCCCUCAUCUUCUUGGGGACACCCAUUAUUGAGACAGUGGAGGACAUGAUAAAGAUGGGUGUGUAUGUGAACGAUCUGAACCUGCAUGACUCCAGCAGAGAGCUGAUUUUAGCUGGCACGCAGCAAUCAGCUGAGCUACAGCUGGCGCUCGAUCAGGAGCAACAAAAGUACGCUCAGCUGCAGGAAAUCAUCAAGAAGUUGGACGAAGAGAAGAAGAGAGGAGAUUCCUUGCUGUACGCCAUGAUCCCUAAAGCUGUGGCCGACCGCCUCAGGAAGGGAAUCACCGCACUGGAAACAUGCCAGGUCUUCCCAGAUGUGACCAUCCUAUUCAGCGAUGUGGUCAAGUUUAACGAGAUCUGCAUCCACAUCACACCCAUGCAGGUGGUGGACAUGCUCAAUGAGAUCUACAUUGUCUUCGACACACUCAGCGAGAAACAUAAUGUUUACAAGGUGGAGACGAUCCGUGACGCCUACAUGGUGGUGGCGGGCGUUCCCAACAAGACCACUUUUCAUGCACACCACAUCUGCGAUAUGGCCCUGGAUAUGCUCAGCUCCAUCGACCACCUUAAAGACCCCUCCACCGGGGAUAACAUCCAGAUCAGAGUCGGUAUCCACUCAGGUAUGGUGGUGGCUGGCGUGGUGGGCCUGAAGAUGCCUCGCUACUGUUUGUUCGGCGACACUGUGAACACAGCCUCGAGGAUGGAGAGCAACGGAGUGGGCAUGCAGAUACACAUCAGUCAGACCACCAAAGACCACCUGGAACAUGAGCCCUAUAUCAUUGAGGAGAGGGGCAAAAUCUUUGUAAAGGGUAAAGGCUACAUGAAGACGUACUGGCUGAAAGGAAAGAAAGACCUAUCAUUCAAGACCCCGGCAGAGCUGCGCUACAGCAGUGAACAGAAAGACUCUGAGGAUAAGAGCUCUAAUGGUUCCACAAGCACCAAUGCCAAGCGCAUGGCCUCCAACCUCCACAUCACCAGCAGCGAGGAGCAAGCAGAGGGGAAGCCAAGCCCCAGCGACCUUCCACUGGACACCAUGCCUCCACCAGAGGCUGCUAAUGAGUUCCCUGUCAUUUCAACUGAGCCUCAGGAAAAGGAGAAAGCCAAAAAGACUAAGAACAACAAGGGGGCAAAGUUGGAUGUUCCCCAGGGAAACGCAAUGCCGGAGAGUUUGUCGCCGGCUGAUGGGCUGGAGAACCCAGGUCCUUUACUUAACAACAAGAGAAACAGCUUCAGGCAGCAGUACGCCAAGCUGCCCACCAACCUGCCCAUGCGAAGCACCGCCUGCUCCAUUCUGUGAGCGGAUGGUUGUCGUGUGAGAAUACAAGAUGACUCCAACAUAUGACGAGGGUUUGAUAUUAAAAAAUGUCAUGGAAGUGUAGUAAGAGGCAAGACAGACAGAACAUUUUCAACAUUUAUGGUUACUGAUGAUCAGCAUUUCAAUUCAUUUUGAAUGCCAAGGGUUUUUGAGAGAUGAAGGCUUUAUGUGACAUUUUGAGUAAAAUAAGAUUUAUGUGGAAAAUGAAACUGAAAACCAACAUGUUUAAAAGUUAAAGUCCACUUGAAGUAAGGUAAAACUUGUGCAACAGUCACGACUCCAAGUGCUGUUACUUUUGUUUCAUUGAUUUUGUGCAUCAAAGGAUGUCUGGUUUAGAGAUCAGGAAAGUUUGUUUUUAAGAUCAGUUUUAUCACCACCCUGAAUACUGAAAAUGUACAGGUUUCACAACAUGUCUUCCUUAUGUCGACUGUUUAUAAAAAAAAGGAAGUACAAUGUCCUCUACACACAAAAAGAACAUGCACAGAGAAACACAGAACUUCACAACUGUGCUAAAGGCAAUGACAGCCAUGACAAUGGGUUUAUUUCUGAUUUUCUUUAUGCUAUGUGCUGUAUUAUUUUACAGCUGUAUAAUUCAUCCAUGAAGUCACUGCUACAGGAAUUAUGUCUAAAACUACUUCUAUGGAUGCUUCAUUAAAUUCACUGAGAGUAGACAUCAUCAGAGGUUGCCUUUUAUUUUGUUUAAACUAGGUGUAUUGUUAUUUUGUAGGCAUUUGACUAGAUAUUCACAACAUUUUCUUAAAGACUUCUGGUUCUACUUUCUGUAUGUAAUUGACUGAAUUUGUUUCACUGUAUGAUAGUGUUUAUUUAUAUAAAACUGUAUG